AUGUUGUCCAUACUAUUUCCCAUCGCUCUCAUCCUGGGCACUUGCGCAGCGCGCCCGAAGCUCGAGUACAACCCAGUGCCGUUCACAGCGGCUCUUCAAGCGCGGCAAAGCACACAGAACUCAAGUACUUCGCUGCGGAUUGAUCUUGGAUAUGAUGUAUAUGAGGGAAUAGCAAAUCGCACUUCUAGACUUAACAUCUGGAGAGGCAUACGCUAUGCCGCGCCGCCUACGGGCUCGAAUCGUUGGCAGGCACCUACGGCACCACCUCAGAAUCGGUCCUCAGUUCUCAGUGCCGGCAGUUUCGCACCAAUCUGUCCCCAGGGACCCGAUGCAAGUACUUCCAUUAACGCAGUCAACCAGUCAGGCGCCAGCGAAGACUGUCUUUUCUUGAACGUCUACUCUCCCAGUAAUGCGUCCGGGCCCCUUCCUGUCCUCGUCUGGAUCCACGGUGGCGGGUAUGGUGCCGGUAAUGGCAGGCAGGAUCUAUCAUCCAUCAUCAACGCCAAUAACAACAGCUUCGUUGGUGUUGCUAUCCAGUAUCGGCUUGCCGCGUUUGGGUUCUUGUCAUCUGAUGAAGUGUUCCGAAAUGGUGUGGUGAACGCAGGGAUUCUUGACCAGCAUUUCGCCCUGCAGUGGGUGCAAUCCUAUAUAGGACUGUUCGGGGGAAAUGCCUCACAGGUGACCAUAUCUGGAGAGAGCGCUGGCGGCGGAUCCGUCAUGCUCCAGGAUAUGGCUUUUGGUGGGACUCUGGGUCAAUCAUUAUUCACCAACACCAUUGCCGCCUCACCUUAUUUGCCUAUGCAAUAUGGGUAUAAAGACUGGGUUCCUUCUCAAGCGUACUACGCAUUCGCAACGCAAGCAGGCUGUGCUCCGAGCCUCCCCUAUGGAGCCCAUCCCCAGACAAUCUUCAAUUGUCUAGUGGCAAAGGACACGGACACUUUGAUCAAUGCAAGUGCGACGAUCUCACAGUCUGGAAACAUUGGAACUUGGGCUUUUCUUCCUGUCACGGAUGGCAUAUUCGUUCAAGAUCUCCCAAGUCAACAGCUGCUACGCCGACGGGUAAAUGGCAAGAAUGCGUUGAUUGGAAACAAUGCCAAUGAAGGCCCGUCUUUCACUCCCCAAAACAUCACAACAGAAGAGGACUUGAUAGCUUGGUUGCAACUGACAUUCCCCCUGUUUACGAAUGACGAUGUCGCCAAAGUCCUGCUCUACUAUCCCAGCUCCAACACCUCAACACACUCAGGUGCACCUUUAUAUGCCACGUCUGGCGACAUGGGAGCGAGCGCACUCAACCAAAGCUCGGUGGCUACAGGACAGCAACAGAGAGCAGAUAACAUCUACGCCGAAACGACGUUUGUCUGCCCCGCUUAUUGGAUGGCUAUUGCGUACAAUGACUACGGAAGGUCGUCGUACAAAUACCAAUUUUCCGUUUCACCGGCAUUGCAUGGUGCGGAUGUCAGUGGAUAUUUUGGUCCGCUAGCCCCCAACAUCGGCCCGGAUCUUGCUCUCGCGGUUCGACAAAUCUGGGGAAAUUUCAUAACAACGAACAACCCCAGCAUACCAUCGACUAUCGCAAAUGGUGCCUCGUCGAAUUUGUCGUCGUCAAAUGAUGCGAGUACUUGGCCCCAGUUCUCCAUGUACUCCCCAUACCAGAUCAAUUUGAACCAGACCGGGGGAACGCCUUUCUCGAUAAACAUUAACCAGAUUGGACACAAUAUCACCGAGUACGGCAUGCCAGGUCUGCAGAACAACAUCACGCUGGUCAACGCCUGGACCUGGGAGGCGGGACGAGGCUAUCGGUGCGACUUCUGGCGUAGUAUGGGCGGCAUCGUGCCCGAGUGA